AUGGGGAAAGGCAAUAAAGAUGAUAGGCUCAGCGCAUUGCCUGAUGACGUUCUGGUCAACAUUCUUGACCGACUCAAUGUCCGUGAGGCUGCAAGAACCAGCAUCCUCUCGAGACGGUGGACUCAGCUCUGCGCCAAGCUGUCUCGGCUUAUAAUAAGCGCUCUGGAUUUCCUGCCAGAGGGUGUGUUGUGCACCAACAUCUCUGAUGAUGAAUUGGUCCGCAUCAAUGCAGCUGUGGUUCAAGCGACAGAUAGCAUAUUGACGCGCAGAAAUCCUGGAGAGCACACGAUCCGCCUUCUGUCCACAAGGUUCUACUUGAGAGAUGAUGUCCCCAUAUCCAUUGGGCGUGCUGUUGGUCAUGCCAUGGCGGCACACUUGGUUGACAAUGCAAAAUUCACUGUUAUGACAGGGAAGUAUGAGAUCAGUGACAUGGCUGAGGAUGAUCUGAUCACCUCUGCGAGAAAUUUCAUGUUGUUCUUUGAUGCCUGUCCAAGUGCAUUUGGUGGUCUCACUGCCCUUGACCUAGAGAAUUUGAGAUUUGGGGAAUCAGACAUAUCCAACGUCCUCAUCACUUGCAAGCGCUUGAAGCAUCUGCGUUUGUACAAUUGUGACUCUGGUGAUUGCAGCACGCUGCAAGUUGAGCACGCUCAUCUCAGUGAGCUUAGUAUCGUCCACUGUAUGCUUGAACGAGUUGAGCUGAAGUGGCUCCCUCAACUCACAACGAUGGUCUUUGAAGGUUGGCUACAAUUCCAAGAUCCACUGUUCAUUGGUCAUGUCCCAUUGCUGGAGGUUGUAAGCCUCACAAAUCUUGCCCUUAGUUACCACAAGAUGGUGUUGUUAAGUGAGUUUCUUAGCGGUACCUCUAUACGAGAUCUGAAGUUGGCAUUUAAUUCUGAAAAGAUUUGGGUGCAGCCAGAAUUUCCGACGCCAUGUCUGUCAUCUGUUUUCCGCCAACUGAGGUUUGUGAAUCUGCUUCAUCUUCCUGAAGGGUAUGAGCUCACCUGGACAAUGUAUAUUCUUGAAGCGGCACCCUUACUGAAGGAGCUAUACAUGACGGUAUGGGAUCAUGCCUGUAAUAUGGAAAUGGACGAGGAGAAGAGGAAAGAAGAAUCGUAUAGUGAGAACAGGGGUGCAGAGUGGGACUUGGUGGCAGCAGAUUUCCAACACCACAGUUUGGCCACACUCGUCAUUUUUGGCUUUGAAUCUGAAGAUUGCUUUGUGAAUUAUGUGAGACGUGUUCUGGUGGCGGCGGUCAAUCUAGAGGAUGUGUUCCUGUAUAGUAGGCUGGAGUGUGGCAGUUGCGAGGAAAAGAAGCUUGGGAGGUACCCCUGGACUAAAAGGCAGAGGAUCUCCAUGAAGAAGAGACUCACCAUUGGGAUCGAGUCGUUUGCGAUAUUUCACUAUGGUGAGCUGAGGCCUGGUCAUGUAGCAAAAAUGGAGUACCCAGAGUGCUCACUGCUCGAGGAAAAAGAGGCAAAAAGGUGUUGA